AUGCGUGCCCUUGUUCUAAAGGGAGUAAAGAGUGUCGUCGUGGAGGAUCGCCCUGUCCCCACCAUCCAGGAUCCUCGGGACGUCAUCGUCAAGGUGCGAUAUACCGCGCUAUGCGGCAGCGAGUUACAUGUAUUUCGCGGCCACCAGGCAUCUAAGCCUGGCUUUAUCAUGGGCCAUGAAUUCACUGGCGUUAUCUCCGAGGUUGGUUCGGCGGUACAAGGAUUCGCCAAAGGUGAUGCGAUUGUGUGUCCCUUUACUGUCAGUUGUGGAGAAUGUUUUUACUGCAAACGCGGCUUCUCUUCACGAUGUGAUAAAUGUCUGCUGUUUGGAUGUCCACUCCUCGACGGCGCCCAAGCAGAGUAUGUCAGGGUCCCAUUGGCAGACUCGACCGUCAUCAAAGCCCCAAAGGAAAUCGACGAAGUUAAGCUUUGCUUGAUGGCAGACAUUUUUCCGACAGGAUAUUUUGCCGCCCAUAAUGCGCUUGGUGCACUCGAGCCCGAGGUAGCUCGGGAAAGCGUUGUGGUUACUAUUGGAUGUGGCCCUGUGGGACUAUGUGCAAUCAUUGCUGCUUUAGAGUACAAGCCCAAGGCCCUGCUAGCUGUUGAUAGCAUCGCAUCAAGACUUGAAACUGCCAAAGACCUAGGGGCAGAGCCAUGGAACUACCAAACGCAGAGUGAUGGACUGGCCCAGAGAGUCAAGGAACUCACCAGCGGCCGAGGUGCAGAUGUUGUUAUCGAAGUUGUUGGGCACAGUUCAGCGCUCGAGACUGGUUUCCAGCUUUUGCGACCUUGGGGCACCAUAUCGAGUGUUGGUGUCCACAAUGGAGAUAUUCCCUGGACAGGAAACCAAGCCUAUGGCAAGAACCUUACAGUCAAGAUGGGCCGAUGUCCAGUUCGAAGCAUUUUCCCAGAAGCAUUGAGUCUACUUGAAAGAAAACAGCAUCUGCUAGGCUUCAUGACAGAAACCAUCAUGCCUCUGAGUGAGGCUGUGGAAGGCUACAGGAUGUUUGACGCGAUGGAGGUGACCAAGGUGAUUUUUGAAGCGGACAAGUAA